UUACAAUCAAUAGGAUAGACGAGACAAGUGAGACAAAAAAGCAGACGUCAGUACAAAUUGCUGUUUACGUUCCUUUUAAUUAUAAUUAACGAAGUCAUUGACUUCUCAUGCGUUAUUUCUUUUGUUUCGACAAUAUGCAACUAAUUAUGGUUUUGAGUGUCCUGUUUGAACGGUAUUGCUAUAACCGGAUUUUUCUGCUCCUAUCCUAUUGGUUGAAUUCAUUGUGUAGUCCCGUUAGUCGCACAAGAAUACAGACAAAAAAGCGUGCAACAUGACCGCAUUUUUUUUACGUAUUUGCUGUUGUGCGUGAAGGAGAGUAACAAUGUAUCAAUUGUGUUGUAAGGUGUUGCUAGAUAGGAUUGGAGUAUGAUUGCAAUCGCGUUGGCAUUCGCAUGGUUGGCUGGUUGCAUAUAACGUCGCCGGUAAGUUCUCAGCCUCGGGGUGAAAGUGAGCAGAGAACAACAAGACAAGGAGGAAAAGAAAGUUCGAUUCACUGUGUGAGAUGGCAGCUGUUUUGUGGGACGUAUGAAAAGGUAGUUUUCGGAUCAUUCGAAUCGAUGCACCGAUAUGUGCGAUGAGUGUCGAACCCCAGAGCUUGGAAUACAUCGAAGAUCCGUACUUCAACCCCCCGGAAGGCGGCUGCUUCACGCCCAGCCUGGAUGAGUACUAUGCUGAAGAGGAUGGAUGUGACCUCCUCGAGGCCGAACUUGACCUGUUUGAUUUACGCCAAUUGGAAUUCGACGAUCAUCCGUCUUCCGUUCUAGCCGGAAACGAGGAUGAGAGCGUCAACGUCGAGGCGGAAUUCUUCAAUGCGAAACGCGCGAACGCCAUCGUCCGGUCGUUCUUCCGCAAGGACUUUAAGCGGCAAGUGCGCGUUACGUACAGUGACCUGACGAAACCCUACCUAGCGAAAUUGCCCAAAGAAAACACUUUUCGGAAAUACCUCGAUAUUUCUAACGGGAACGGUAAGCGGAUCUUGACACCAGCGUUUCGUCACGGGAGGUCAUGGUUCUUCGCAUCAUCCACAACUUGAAAUGUCACUGUUUAACAAUCUUUCUGAGACCCACCACUAACCAUUUUUAAUGUACCGAUGAAUAUUCGAAAUCGUUUCGAAAUGUUAAAAUAUUCAAUUUC